CAAAUUUCCACAGGUAUUUAACCAAUGGGUUUUGAUAUCUAUGCCAAAAGUGUUGUCAUCAUUUUUGAAGAUAAAACCAGUUGGAAAUUUUGCAGCCGUUAUAUCUGACUAGCUGCUCCAUUGGAACGCAACAAGUCUUACUGAUCAACUGAUAUUUUUGGGACAACACCUUAAAAAGCAAAAUGAGGGAAUGCAUUUCAGUCCACAUUGGCCAAGCGGGUGUUCAAAUGGGCAAUGCCUGCUGGGAGUUGUACUGCCUCGAGCAUGGAAUCCAACCAGAUGGUCAGAUGCCAAGUGACAAAACCAUUGGAGGCGGUGAUGACUCCUUCAAUACGUUCUUCAGUGAGACAGGAUCAGGAAAGCAUGUCCCAAGAGCGGUCAUGAUAGAUCUUGAACCCAAUGUAGUAGAUGAAAUCCGCACUGGAACUUAUAGGCAACUGUUCCAUCCAGAGCAACUGAUUACUGGUAAGGAAGAUGCCGCCAAUAACUAUGCAAGGGGUCACUACACAGUGGGUAAAGAGUAUAUAGACCAGUGCAUAGAUCGUAUAAGGAAACUAGCUGAUAAUUGCACUGGUCUUCAAGGCUUUCUUCUCUUCCAUUCAUUUGGUGGAGGCACUGGAUCUGGAUUCACAUCGUUGUUGAUGGAACGUCUAUCUGUGGAUUAUGGAAAGAAAUCGAAACUUGAGUUUGCUAUUUAUCCUGCUCCCCAGAUUUCAACAGCAAUAGUUGAGCCUUAUAACUCAAUUUUGACAACCCAUACUACCCUUGAACACACAGACUGUGCAUUCAUGGUUGACAAUGAGGCUAUCUAUGACAUCUGUCGUCGUAACUUGGACAUUGCCCGCCCAACCUACACCAACUUGAAUCGUCUAAUUGGCCAGAUUGUCAGCUCCAUUACUGCCUCUCUGCGUUUCGAUGGUUCCCUAAACGUAGAUCUUACUGAAUUCCAGACCAAUUUGGUGCCCUAUCCACGUAUCCAUUUUCCUCUGGCCACAUACGCUCCAGUCAUCUCUGCUGAAAAAGCUUUUCAUGAGCAGAUUACAGUUGCUGAAAUUACAAAUGCUUGCUUUGAACCACAGAACCAGAUGGUGAAAUGCGAUCCCCGUCAUGGAAAGUACAUGGCCUGCUGUUUGUUGUAUCGUGGUGACGUCGUCCCAAAGGAUGUUAAUGUUGCCAUUGCUUCUAUCAAGACCAAGCGUACAAUCCAGUUCGUUGACUGGUGCCCCACUGGGUUCAAGGUUGGCAUCAACUACCAACCACCCACUGUUGUCCCUGGAGGUGACCUGGCCAAAGUGCAGCGUGCAGUCUGCAUGCUGGGAAAUACCACUGCCAUCGCUGAAGCAUGGGCUCGUCUUGAUCACAAAUUCGAUCUUAUGUACGCCAAGCGUGCUUUCGUCCACUGGUACGUAGGAGAGGGUAUGGAGGAGGGAGAGUUCUCUGAGGCUCGUGAAGAUCUAGCUGCACUUGAGAAGGACUACGAAGAGGUUGGAAGUGACUCAGUUGAUGAUGAAGGGGAUGAUGAUGGAGAUGAAUACUAA